AUGGCGCCGUCAAAUCCACUGGCAAACUGGGAGAGGCUGGGCGAUAGUUUCUACAGGAAAGUCCCAAUAUACGACGCUAUCUUCGAUGAAGACGUCGAACUAGAGAACUACAUCGUUGCAGGCGCGCCAUACGGAGGGGCUCUAGGUACGAGUAUCUAUAGUUAUACAUGUCUGGGUCGAUGCUUACAAAUCAAAGCGUUGCAUCGCGAUGAUACCAAGCCGUACAGGUUCCGUGAUGCUCAGACCGCCAGGUCGAGCAUUGGUAUCUACUCCUCCUCGGGAAAGCUGAUUAAUCGACUUAAUUGGGAGUAUGGUACUAUCCGAGGGCUCGGCUGGUCCGACAAGGAAGAGUUGUUAGUGAUCACGGAAGACGGCACCGUGCGACGCUAUUUCGGACUAUAUGGAGAUUUCACUACAUUUUCUCUUGGAAACGGAGCGGAAGAAUAUGGAGUCAGAGCCUGUCGUUUUUGGACUUCCGGCUUCGUUGCUCUGCUCUCAAAUAACCAGCUGGUAGCUGUGUCUAGCUAUGACGAGCCUCGACCGAAGCUCCUAGCUCAUUGUCCUGAAGGAGAGGUUUCAUCGUGGUCAUUAAUUCCACCUGCUUUUACUUUGUCGCGCUCGGUCGAGGUACUGCUAGCUGUGGACAAGACUGUAUACCUGGUUGAUCCCACAGAAGCAGAGGACAAAGUGCUUCAAAAUGGUCCUUUUAAGCAUGCCAGCGUGUCGCCAACCGGAAGAUUUGUGGCUCUCAUUACGGCGGAAGGCAAAGUAUGGGUAGUCAGUAGUGACUUCCAGAGCAAGUACAGCGAAUAUGACCCCGAAUCUCGCGUAACUCCCCGGACGAUUGACUGGUGUGGCGAUGAUGCUGUUGUCAUUGCGUGGGAAGAUGAAGUGCACUUGAUUGGUCCCAACGGCGUUGCCGCUCGCUACUACUACGAUGGCACUGUCCACGUCGUCCCCGAGUUUGAUGGUGUACGAUUGAUCACUCAUGACACAUGCGAAUUUUUGCAUAAAGUUACUGACGUAACGGAGGCGAUCUUCCGCCUCGGGUCUACCUCCCCUGCCUCAGUCCUGCUGGACUCAAUCGACUUGUUGGAAAAGAAGUCUCCCAAGGCUGACGAGAAUAUCCAACGAAUCCGAUCAAGUUUACCAGAGGCCGUCGACACUUGCGUUCGGGCCGCGGGUCAUGAGUUCGACGCAUAUUGGCAGAAGAGAUUGUUGAAAGCUGCGUCAUUCGGAAAGUCUGUUCUGGAUUUAUACAACAGUGACGAUUUUGUAGAAAUGACCGAGAAACUCCGAGUUCUUAAAGCAGUCAGGGACUACCAGAUUGGGCUUCCAAUCUCAUAUGAUCAAUACAUGCGGCUGACUCCGGAGAAACUUAUCGAACGUCUGGUGAAUCGACAUGAAUAUCUGCUUGCCAUCAAAAUCUCUGAAUACCUGCAGAUACCCGCCGACAGGAUUUACGUUCAUUGGGCUAGCCAGAAGGUCAAGGUCUCAACUGUUGACGAUGAAGCUGUCUGUAAGCUUAUCGUGCAAAGGUUGGACGGUAAGCCAGGGAUAUCGUUCGAACUGAUCGCACAAGCCGCUUACGAUGAAGGGCGUGCUCCUCUGGCGACUCAGCUGCUGAACCACGAGCCGCGGGCCGGCAAGCAGGUUCCAUUACUUCUGAAUAUGGAGGAGGAUGAAAUCGCUCUUGACAAGGCCAUCGAAAGCGGGGACAAUGACCUAGUAAACUAUGUGCUUCUGCGUCUCAAGAGCAAACUCCCCCUUGCCAGCUUCUUCAGAAUGAUUAACACUCGACCUAUGGCUUCUGCCCUUGUGGAAACGACCGCUCGAGGUGACGAUGCGGAACUACUAAAAGAUCUCUACUACCAAGACGACCGUCCGAUCGACGGCUCUAAUGUGCUCCUCUCGGAAGCAUUGGCUCAGACAGAGUUGCCGCACAAAACGGAGAAGCUGCAGCUUGCCUCUCGGUUAUUAGUCGAUUCUAAAGACGCGACAGUCGUCUUGCAGCAAAAACUCCUUUCCGAAGCAUCACAGUUGUUGAAGGUUCAGGAAGCCUUGGACAAGGAUAUUGCAGAUCGCUCUGAGUUUGUAGGUCUAAGCUUAAACGAGACUAUUUACAGAUUGAUCCGAUCGGGCUACGGCAAGAGAGCACAGAAACUGCAGAUCGCCAAACGAGACUGGGGUGAGUUGGAAGAGAUCGGCAGAAACAAAAAAUCCCCGAUCGGAUGGGAGCCUUUCUAUAACGAGAUACUAGGUGCUGGAAACACGAAACUCGCCUCGUUUUUCGUCCCCAAAUGCACCAGUUUACCAGUCGAGGACAAGGUGGAAAUGUGGGUGAAAUGUGGAAUGAUCGUGAAAGCCGGGGAGGAAGCCUUCAGAGCGAAAGACUUUAAUACCCUGGAGCUCCUCCGGACGAGAGCUUCGGGGCCAGCUGCCGCUGAUAUUGAUCGAAUGAUCAACCAGCUUAGGCCAAGGAAAUAG